UCCUCGAUCGGAAAACGCAGGAAAAUGACCGAUGGGAACUGAAAGUUUUUCUUCUUGAAGAGAUGAACUCUGUGUGUCGACAGUUUUGAUUUUUUUUAUGUUGUUCCUAGUUUCCAUCAAGCUGAAUAUUCUGUUACGAUGAAGUUUUACGUUUUAGUGUUCCUGUGCCUUAUUGACUAUUAUCAGGUCGUUUCUUCGAUAGAAAUCCGGCAUAGUAGAGAUCCAAAGCUUCUCUUCGGAGGAUAUAAAAUAACACCAAGAUUCUGCAAACCGACAAGAAAAAUCUUCAACGACACUGGCGGUCCCAACGUUUGCAUGUUCAAUCACGAAUGCAUCCUCAGACAAGGAGAGGUGGUGGGUGCUUGCAUGGAUGGAUUCCUGUUCGGAGCCUGCUGCCACCUUGCUGCAGGAACCACUGGAGAACUGAUACAAAACGCUUCGAUGAACACUCCUAAAGAACCGGAACCUAUGGAGAAGAAACCAUCGCCUGAUAUACCAAGCAGGCCUACUGUGGACAUAACGUCUAGUGGAAUCCACCAUAUAACCCAAACUUUACUCAACCAAGACAUACUUCACACCAUAGAUAACAAUGCCAUAGUUGAAGUAAAUGAUAACGAGAAUGGAUUCAGUACAUCUGGUAUAUUACAUCACCCACUACCGGACACUUCUAUUAGUACUGAAGGAGUAACGCUGGUCACUUCUCAUGGAUAUGUGACGAGGAAACCAACCACUGAGAGUAGAAAAACAACCACGAUGAUGGAGCAAUCGACACAUCCCUAUGAAAGGGAAACUCCUUUAUUGACAGUUUCAGUGUCAUCCCCGUCUUACACCGCGAAACCUAUCACGACCACUUUUGUACGACCGAUGUUUCACCAAAAACCUUCAGACACCGACAAAUAUGUCCUAGUUCCCACCAUUACUAAACCUGAAGACACUUCAUCCGACAGCUAUCCAGUUAUACACCUCUUAGACAGUGACGGAUCGACGAACAAUCCUCAAUAUUCUACAACAUCCAAGAAACCCCUUUCAACUUCCUAUGUUUAUAGUUCAUCAACUACUAGUUACAAACCAUUCACUUCAAAGAAACCCCCAUCUACAUCCUAUGUUUUCAGUACAACCAUACCUCCAAGAAGAACCACCAGCUCCCAAACAACUACAACUAAAGUUAAACCCUCAACAACGAAAAAGAAGGGAAAACCUACAAAGAAUUCGAAUAAGAAAACCACCAAGCCCAGUCAAGGCACAUCUGCAUACAACGAUGUUACAAAACCAUACACAGAAACGACGAAAAAGCCACCGUCAACGUCUUAUAUUUAUAGCUCAAUACCAACUAGACGUCCUGGUUCCACAAUUGGUGUGGAGGGACCAGGCCUCUCUAUCUCCUCUGAUCCAAUUCCUCAAUAUUCGAGUAGCACAGGCUAUCCUAGCCCUGCGCCCACCCUCAUUGUUUUGAGUCCGAUAACAGAGGAAGAUCCUUAUACCCGACCAGUUUCUCGUCCUCCACCAUAUAGUCCUUCGUAUCCAUCAACUUAUCAACAAACAGCAGCAACAAAACCCCCAAGGAAGCCAGUGAAUCAAGUCACAAUCAAUAACCACGUCACCCAAAACAUCUAUCCAGGGAGUAGACCAACAAGCGUAGGUGCGUCAUCGCUUGGUUAUAUGGGAUCUAGUGAAAAACCAUCACCUACAGUGCUCAUCACGCCCAAACCUAACAUAGCUUCAUCUUCAGGAAGACCCACGCCGUUCGAUGAAUAUGUUACGGCGGGUAUCAACGUCGAACCUUCGGUAGAUGAUCAACUUGUCAAUUUUCCUCCAGUGAGGAAUCCUAACCUGAACAUGUCUCUGUACGGAGAUCAUGAUGUCACCACGCCCGAAUUUGCUGAGGACGAAUUGCUGGAUGAGAAGAUGGAGUCUUUUGUCAACAAAAUCAUUCAAGGCUUGCAAGAGCCAUUCCAAGAUCUCAAAGACGUAGUUUACAAUCAGAAUAAGACAAAGCCUAUCAAAAAGCAGGGAACUACUACUAAAAAACCCGUCACGAAGCCUGCCAGGCCAGGAACAACUUCUCGACCUGUGAGACCUUCGUCUACCAGGCCGCUUACAUCCUCUAGACCGUCACCGUCCAGGCCCACAUCUCUUAGACCUGCAACGUCAAGCCGACCACCCGUUCGACCAUCUUCAGUUAGACCUUCGCCAUCAGUUAGACCUACUGCUAACAGAAUAACCACCACUAAAGUAACAACUCGAAGACCAACAAGACGACCAUCUUCUACUGCGACAACAAUCAAUACAACCAAGAAACCUGUAACGCCGAAAAAACCAUCUAAAAGCACCAGAAGGCCUACUACGACGGAGUCCCUGAUUGAGAAAGAGACUAUCUCCCCUAGUGUUUUUACCGAUGACUACAAAAGAGAGUGUGGUCGCAGGCCUUUGAUCAAGACUGGACGUAUUGUUGGUGGCAGAGAGGCCACUUUCGGCAAGUGGCCCUGGCAAGUGCUGGUCAGAGAGUCAACGUGGCUUGGACUUUUCACGAAAAAUAAAUGCGGGGGUGUCCUCAUCAGCAACAAAUACGUCUUGACAGCAGCUCAUUGUCAGCCAGGAUUUCUAGCGUCCCUGGUAGCAGUUUUCGGAGAGUUUGAUAUUUCCGGCGAGCUGGAGUCCAAGAGGUCACAAAGUAGAAACGUGAAGAGGGUCAUCGUGAACAGAGGAUAUGAUCCGCUAACUUUCGAAAAUGAUUUAGCUCUGCUGGAACUGGAGAGCCCCAUUAAGUUCGACCAACAUAUCAUACCAAUUUGCCUACCAAGAGAGAGCGAGGACUUCACAGGAAGAAUGGCUACAGUGACCGGUUGGGGCAGGCUGAAGUACAAUGGAGGUGUCCCUUCGGUACUUCAAGAAGUUCAAGUUCCAAUAAUGGAGAACUCGGUAUGCCAGGAAAUGUUCAGAACAGCGGCUCACUCAAAAAUAAUUCUGGACUCUUUCCUUUGCGCAGGAUACGCGAAUGGGCAAAAGGACUCCUGUGAGGGCGAUUCUGGGGGACCGCUGGUUCUACCUCGUAGCGACGGCAGAUAUCAGCUAGCCGGCACUGUAUCCCACGGGGUUAAAUGCGCAUCUCCCUAUUUACCUGGCGUGUACAUGCGGACGCAAUGGUUCAAACCGUGGAUAGAGUCCAUUACUGGAAUUAAUUGAUCCCACACUCAGAAACUUUCCAAACCCUACCCGAUUCCCGCAACGCCCAAUUAGAAUUAUGAGAACACAUUUGAGGAUAACGAGCCAACAACAACCUCUCUAGCGCCUGGAGAGAACCUGUUUGAUUAUCACUAUGAUUUCUUAGCAUUGAGUAGGUACUUUCCAGAGGUAUACCAUUGAUGUUGUGCAACUUAAGAACGUGAUCACUACUGGUUCUGCUAAUCCUUUGUGAAGAAUCACAUAAGGCAUAAACAGAUCUCACUCAUUUUCGAUGAAAAUAUCUGACCUUCUCAAUUCUCCUGAAUUCUGGAUUAUCAAUUACGAAGCACACAAUAAGAUUAGAGUAACAUAUGAGUGAAGUACAAAUCAUAGACAAUUCCACUACAAAUGGUCACGUUCUUUAUGUUCACAUUUGGUGAAAUCUUGUGGCUUUUUGAAUUUUACUACGUCCUUAUGUAUGAGCAGCAUAAAUGUACAACGAGGCAAAUGUCAUCUGAUAUGUUUCUUGAACACAAAUUUAAUUACGAACGUAUAUCUUGUGAUGUUUAUA